UCGGUCCCGCUGGUCAGCUUAUGACACAGACAAACACACACACUGGCUCGCGCGCUCACGAUCUCGCUCUCUCACACUUGCUCGCUCUCUCUCGGGUUGGGAAAAUGGCUGCUGUACGCCGCGCUCGCAGUGACUCCCGCUGCGUGGUCCGUUUCUCCGACCGAGAACUCUGCUAAAUUGUCUUCCCUGCUUGCUACCGCUUGAGAAGGGGAGAAGAAACAAAAGGCUACCCGCGGCUGUUCAGCAGCGAGGGAAAGGCCGGAGGGAACCAGCGGAGGAGGAAGGGGCCGCCUUCGUGUGAAACGGCAACAGCGCCGCAGCCUGACGAGAGUGACCGUUGGACGGAACGGCCUGGCAGUAACAGCCUCGGCAUGGCAGAAGGUGAAGAAGAUUGUCACUCUGAUGUGGUAAGAACAGAUGGCAAUGAAAGGUCUGGAGAGGCAAAUCUUCAGGCAGAGCUCCAGAUGUUCAGAGCAAAGUGGAUGUUUGAACUUACCCCAGGGGUGGGUUCUGCUGGUUUGGAAACUCGACCCUGGAGAGCAUCAGCAAGAGGGCCUUCUGUAAAGGCUAUAGAUGCCAAAGAAAAGCAAGAACUAGCAAAAGAGGAAAAGGCAAGAGAGCUGUUCCUGAAGGCAGUGGAACAAGAACAAAAUGGGGCUCUUUAUGAAGCUAUUAAAUUCUACCGCCUGGCCAUGCAACUGGUACCAGACAUUGAGUUUAAGAUUGCCUAUACUCGAUCUCCAGAUGGCGAUGGUGUUGGGAAAAACUACAUUGACGAUAAUGAGGAUGAUAGCAAGAUGGCUGACCUUCUGUCCUACUUUCAGCAGCAGUUCACUCUUCAGGAAUCUUCCAUCAAAUUGUGUCAGCCUGAGCUUGAUGUGAAUCAGACCCAUAUCUCAGUGCUGCCUAUGGAGCUGUUGAUGUAUAUUUUUCGAUGGGUGGUUUCCAGUGAUCUGGACCUGCGAUCUUUAGAGCAGCUAUCUUUGGUCUGCAGAGGUUUUUACAUUUGCGCCAGGGACCCUGAAAUCUGGCGUCAGGCCUGUUUGAAGGUUUGGGGCAGAAGUUGUAACAAAUUGGUUCCUUAUACCUCAUGGAGAGAAAUGUUUUUGGAAAGGCCCAGAGUUCGAUUUGAUGGUGUGUAUAUCAGCAAGACAACAUACAUACGUCAAGGAGAACAGUCUCUAGAUGGCUUCUAUAGAGCGUGGCAUCAAGUGGAAUAUUACAGGUACCUGAGAUUCUUCCCGGAUGGCCAAGUAAUGAUGUUAACAACGCCGGAAGAACCUCAGUCUAUUGUUCCUCGUUUACGAACUAAAAAUACAAGAACUGAUGCAAUCCUGCUUGGCCAUUAUCGCCUUUCCCAGGAUACAGACAAUCAAACCAAAGUAUUUGCUGUAAUGACAAAGAAGAAGGAAGAGAAACCAAUUGACUACCACAAGUACAGAUAUUUCUGCCGCGUCCCUGUGCAAGAAACCGAUCACAGUUUUCAUGUAGGGCUACAGCUGUGUUCCAGUGGACGCCAGAGAUUCAACAAACUUGUCUGGAUUCAUCACUCUUGUCAUAUUACUUACAAAUCUACUGGUGAGACCGCAGUCUCUUCUUUUGACAUUGACAAGAUGUACACCCCUUUGUUCUUUGCACGGGUGAAGAGCUUUACUGCAUUUUCAGAAAAGCCUCUCUAAGGAGUUAACAUCUCUUCUCUUACUCUUGCAUGAAGAAAUUACAGCAAACAUCACUUAAGUUAUAAAUGUGUAUAUAUAUUUGAAUUUUAUUUUAAAAUGGGGGGAUGUUUUUGGAAGAAUAUAUACUGGAAAUACAUUUGAUUUAGGGUGCUGGGUUAUUUUAUUGGUCUGAAGUCAAGUUUACAUUUUAUUUUAAACUUGUUUAUGUUGUGAAAAGACUUUGAUAACAUAAAGAGGCAUUUUUACUCUGUCGGUUUAUGAGAAGAUUUAUAAGCUGUUCUCUCUCCAGCGUAAGGCUUCAUCUGCCUAUGCACCUUAAGUUCAGGAAACAUUAUAAACCUACUGCUGUAUAUAAGACAUAGAUUGCGUGCUUUGUGAGGGAAGGCUCAAAAUGUGAAGAAUUUGUCCUACAUCUGUGUGUGGCCUACAGGAACCGAAAAUAAAUGUUUACUUUGAAAUUCUUGUAUUUGGGUUGCCUUUCAAGAAGUGAAAGACUUUGGUGUAAUCUGCAGCCUUAUGAAAAAAUUAAGCAAAGGCAAACAAACUUAAAGAUGUUGGAAGUUCAGCCUCAGAUACCAUCCUUCAUUUGGGAAUUGUUUCAAAUGAUCAUCAAAAAGAGUGGAAGAUAAGAGUGCCAAGAGAAGCCUAGCUACAUUGGGGAAGUGGCCGCCUUUCUCUGCUUGUUGAAUCUAGGAAAGGACUUCUGCAUUGAGAGAGCAACUCUCCAGGGGUGGUGUCAAAAGGAAUAUUUCAUGCUGCAACACUACAGACCACUGAACUUGAAUGUGUGUUGUUUGAAUUGAGUUAUGCAAAUGAGAAUAGGGCUGUACUCAAGUAUGUUCGUCUUUUGUUCAUUUAAUUUCACCUAACUAAGAAUGCUGCAAACCCCUUGGGUGUUUUGUCACACUAAACUAACUUUUGCUUUCGGGGACUCCUACAGAUGUUCAGGUACCGUGUGUGCUGCUGCUCCUGCAUAUGUACUUUGGGAGUUGGAUGCAAGUGCUGUAUGAUGCUUAUCAUAAAUAUGUAUUUUCAGUCAUAAAACUAAAAAUUUCUAAAUGUUUUUCUUCUGCCAAGUUGUGUAAGCUUUCUUUCUUUAUAAUGGAACACAAAAUUAUGAAUUGUGUUAUUACUUUAUUGCAUGCUUCUUUUAAGCAUUUCAGGGUAACGUAUCCAGAUUGGUUAUCCCAUUUUAGCUGCCUGGUCCAUGUUAGACAGAGCAAAUGACUUGGGCAGGUUCAGCCAGUGAUCUUCUCUGCCACUUUGGCUUUUUAAAGCAAAAUACUUGUGUUUAUGGCACACUACGUAGAAGGAAUCUUAAAACACUUGAGACUUUAACCUAGGCAAUAAAGUGCUGGUGACCGUUUUUAAUACCUCAAACACUGCCGAGCACGUCAGUAACAGUCCUAGAUGUACAAUGCCUAAAAUUUGACUGUCAUGGUCUGCAUUUGAAAACAAUGGCUGGGAUCUGUUUUAUAACAACCUUGAGCAGUAGGUAGGAUUUUUUAAACCUGAGCAGUGAGUGGGUCAUAAACACCUUUUGAAACUUGCCUCAGUUUUGUAACAAUUUUCUGUGUGUUAUGUGAUACUGCUUUUUGAGAAACACGACAGUCCCUUUGGAUACAUACAACAUUUUCUGAUUGUUAUGCAAUAAGAAGUCUGCCUAUACCUGGAAUUCAGUGCUAUUCUGAACUUAGUUGCUAGAAUUGUCAAAUCCAAACAACAGCAAAUGUAGGUCAGCCAAGAUUUACUGGCAUGCUUUUAUGUAGGAAAACCAUACAAAUGGCAUACAUUUACAUUUUAAUGUUAUUGCUUAAAUUAAAUCUCCAUUAUUUCUGGCAUUUUUCUCAAAACAUAGUUGAAAGUAAUUUAAUUUUAUUUGGAUUAAAGCAGUGCAACUACAAAGAGCAACAUCUGUCACUAUCAUAAAACUGAAUACCAGAAAGUAAAAUAUUACUUAUUCUUAAAAUAUGGUUGAAGGUUGUUUAAAAAUUUAGUCUGAUCAAAUGUCAGAUCCCAUAAGCACAAGUAGUAAAGGAUGAGCACUGAUGGUUGCUUGCAUAUUUCCAUAAUCAGUACUACUCUUUCAAAUGCUAAAUUCCACUUGACUUUCCUCCUCUGUUUAUUUCUUAUGUAGGAUGUUGCUGCCUUUUUUAUCUUUCACUUUUUUGAUAGCGAAGGGUACUAUCCAAAUAAAGAUGAUAGUCCAUCCAGUACCUUAUUCUAUGCUGCAGUUACACAAUUGCAGAAUUAAGUGCAUUGUUAGAACAAGAAACUGGAUCCACCUUAAGUAGUGUUGGCAUUUAUCAAAUUAUAUUUCA